AUGUGGAGCAAGGGGCAGCUGCUUCUUUUCGUUUGGCUGAUUCUGGUCUGCUGCCUCGCGAGCCGCGCUGCGAGAGCGUUUGAUUCGGAGUUUCUGGAGUCCAGCACAGAGGACGAGGCACUCAACUUGGCCAGCCGCAAAACCUGGGGCGACCUCUUCGGCGAAGUCCGCGAAGCUCUCUGGCAGCUGGACUUCGUCUGGUUCCUAGCGGUGGUGCUGAUCUCCGUUGCCAUUGUAUUGUACAAACCACCUGAGAUUGUGGGCGACACUGCUGACGAUGGAGUCGUCGAUAAGAAGUGGAAGCCGGUGGCGUGGCACAGCAGGCUCAUAGCGUCGCUGACUAGCCACGCAGCGGGCAUUGCCGGCUUCGUCGGCUUCCAGUGGAUUGUCGUCGCCAGGAUCGUGUCCACGAGCCGACCGCUCGAGAAUUUCUCCCCGUCCAAUGUCCUGCUCUACACCAGCAUCGCCAUUUCCGUCACCGCCAUCUUCUCGAGCAUCCUGUUCCUGGUGCAGGACUACUUGCGCCGCCUGGUCAUCGACAGCGCCCAGGGCCGGGGCUAUCGGCUCAGCCUCGAGUGUGGCCAACUCGAGCAGACAGGCCUCGGGGCUGCGCUGAUCGUGCUGACGGCCGUGCUCUUAUUCCUGUACAUGUGUGUCAUCUUUCUGGAGACCCAGGAGAACACGAAAUUCCACAACCGGGAGAAGCAGGAGAUCUUGUGGGUGGUCCUGGAGAAGGUGUACAGCUGCGGCACGGUCCUGCUGUACUUCAUCAACCUCCGUGGCUUGUGCAAGUCGCCCAAGGUGUUCUUCCACCAAGCUUGCCUUCGUGCCGAGCCGGAGAUCAAACUCAAGGAGUUCUUGGAGGAGUUCAGCAGCAGCCGCAGCGAAGGGCUCGUCCAACAGGUUCGCAACUUCCUCGCAUGGCUGGCGCAGCGCUUGGCAGGGGAGGACCUGAAGCUCUUCCUGCAGCUGGGCAGCCGUCGGGCCUUGUUCCCAAACCAACGCCUGGCGCCGAUUCUACAUGUCGUAGCGGGCCUUCUUCUUUUCGGUAUGCUGCCCGGCAUGUGCCAGUUCGCGACCGAACGGCUCUUCGUCGAUCCGAAGUUCGUAGAUGUGAGAGCGUAUUCGGCCACGAUCUUUCCGAGCUUCAACCCCAACCGCAGCAAUUACCUGCUGCUUUUGGACCGCGAUCCUCGCCUCCAGGUGAAGACCAAGUCUCGUCAUACUUCGAGCAUCAAGAUGUGCUGCUAUCCAUCCGACCAGCCCUGUGAGAGCCGCCGGUUGCAUCACUCCCUGAUACAGUUCGAUGAUGAUCCGAUCACCCUGAAAGUUCCUGCGAACGAGUCGUCAAGUUGCACGCUCACAGCGUCAGGUCUCAGCAGUCAUGCCUCAGCGGUCCUAAAACUCAAAGUGGAGUUCCAAGCAAAGUACCAGUUGUGCGAUUGUUCCACCAACAACGGUUGCGACUGCUGCGACGGCUACACUGGAGAGCUUGGAGAUGACUGGGAUCAGCUGAAUCUCUCCACUGCAUGUGAGCCUGCUCCUUGCAAUAUCAAUAACUCGAACAAGGCUAAGGGCUGGGAUUGCGCCUGUUUGCCACAAUAUGUCGGCAGCAUUUCCUGGAAGGGCUCCACCCCAAAAGGGACAUGUUCCGUGGCUCCGUGCGAAGUUGAGAAUUCCAACAGGCAGGCAGGCCCGCAGUGCAAAUGCAUGGAUGGAUAUCGUGGCCAAGUCACUUGGAGCAACAGCUCGGCGGAAGGGCAAUGCCUGCCAGCUGCGUGUGAGGAUCGAGUUCCGAAUUCCACGGGGCGUGGUCUGGACUGCAAGUGUCAAUCCGGUUUUGCAGGCCAGAUCCGCUGGAAUGGAUCUCGUCCGAGAGGCUCCUGUGAUCCCGUCCCGUGCAAGAUUCUGAACUCCAACCGGAGAGCUGGCCCUGGCUGUGCAUGCUUAGAUGCCUUCAUCGGAAGCAUCUUCUGGACUGGCGCCCACGCGGAAGGAACCUGCGAGCCAGCGUCCUGCGAAGACAUUCUGCACUCCACCGGGCGAGGCGCUGAGUGCAGGUGCCAAAACGGCUUCGCAGGAAAUAUUACUUGGAAGCGGGGAAAGGCAGCAGGCUCCUGUGAGCCCGCCCCAUGCCACGUCAAGAACUCGAACCGAAAGCCCGGCCGCGACUGUUCUUGCUCGGAUGCUUUUGUGGGAAACAUCUCCUGGACUGGCCCGCAUGCGGAAGGAGCCUGCAAGCCAAAGCCACUACCUUGCAAAGACAGCAUUCCGCACUCUUAUGGGGAAUCCCCCGAGUGCCUCUGCCAGGACGGCUUUAAAGGAGUCACUCCAGUUGUCACUGGAGUACGGAUGUUGAAACACUGUAGGCCGGCACCGUGCGACGUUGCGGGGUCGAACAAGCUCCAAGGGCUUGCUUGCGCUUGUGGAAGAGGCCAUUUUGGCCACGUCCGGUGGGAGGGCGAUAAUGCCGAGGGUGCAUGCCGGCCCCUUGGAUGCAAAGGGAGACACGCUACAGGAUUCGGGGAUGAGUGCCGAUGCAAGGAUGGCUACGUUGGCACAGUUCGAAGAUCGAAGAAUGUCAACUUCAGCAUAGCUCACUGCAAGCCCGCACCGUGCGACGUUGAGGGGUCCAAUUUCCGACCAGGAUGGAAUUGCUCUUGUGCAGAUGGAUUUAGCGGGUCGGUGAGAUGGAACAAGGACGAGUCCCGUGGCCGGUGUAAACCAACGCCCUGCACGAUACAGAACUCCAACCUGGAGCCUGGACCAAAAUGUCGGUGCAAACCUGGGUUUGAGGGCAAUAUAACUUGGAAUGGCCCGUCUGUCUCCGGGCACUGCGAGCCAGUACCUUGCGGCGUUCGAAACUCCAAUUUCGGGCUAGGUCCAGCGUGUCGUUGUGCAAAUGGUUUUUUUGGUCUCAUCACGUGGAGUGGCGCCGUCGCUUCCGGAACAUGCGUGCCUGCACCUCUCUGUUCCAGCAGCAUUGCAUUCGUCACGCACCUCAAGGCAGAUCUGGACCCCAGCAGUACAAGCAGCACUUCCUGCAAAGCAGGGCAGGCAGUACUGGCUCGAGGCCAUUCAGAUAUUGAAUUCGGGCGUCAGGCUAUCACUUGGACCCUGGCGGAGCCUAUACCACAGAAUUCUUGCCACAUGCCCAGCUCUGCCGUCCAGAUGCUGGAAAACACUUGGUCAUUUCCGGUUGGGUGUUCCACGACACCAGCCCGACCUCGAUGCUCCUCAGACAUCGUGUACCCGAUCACCGUCGUCAAUGACUCACGGCACUCUUGUUCGAAUUGCAGCUUGGAUGGGUAUGCUCUGGCGGAGUUCCGGGGUCGGCGUUGUGGGUACGACCUCAUCCAGUGGGACUUCUUUACUGUUUCACCUGGCUCGUCCGCGUCUUGCGACUGCUUCUUGCACCUUGAGUGUGGUCAACCACCUACUGACGAACUUCCACGAUCUUGUAGCCACUUCUCUGAGCCUGCGGUUUUGGAGUUCAUGGAGGACACGGUCACGUGGAUGUACAUGCUUUUUGACAACGGCGUGGCAUCUUUAUCCAGCCUAGACUCGGGCCUAGACUGGGGUGGCAACGCUGAGUGGCAGGCAAAGGACGCUGCUGCUACUGCUACUAGCUCACCAUCUGACGCUUGGUACUUUGAUGGCGAGUGCCUUUCGGUGCGCAGAGCUCCUCCAUUUAGCGACUGGAUAAUCCGGCUCGUGAUAAACGACGGCUCCGUUUUCAAUUCUACCAAAGAUGGAUUGGUGAGAGUUGCUGGGGUGCCUCCGCCGUGGUGGUCAUAUAACUUCCAGAAGGACGCCACGUUGCCCGGUAGCUUCAAUGCAGACAAGUUGCUGGGGCACAAGGUCGUGUUUAGCUCCCUCGGUGUCUGCUACAGCGCAGAGUUGGGGAAGGAGUUCUUGACAGUCCCUGCACAGGGAGAUUGUGCUUCCCAGGUCUUCGCCUCACAUGCGGGCACCAGGUACAUGUACCUGUCUUCAGCCUUCGGGAUCCAAACCUACCGUUCCGAGCGCAGCUGUUUCCCUCUCGCAGCCUUCGAAGAGCUGCAGCUGGAGGUGGUGGAUGUUACAACAGCAAAGGGAGACGACAACUUCACGGUUUCCAUCUCUCCAUGCCGAACCUAUGUCCGCUUCGUCGUGGAUGCCGAGCCCCGGCAGUCGCAUUGCCGAAGCAUUGGCAAGGAUGACCCAUGGCUCGUUCCGACAUGA